AUGACGACGACGUCCCCUCAAGAGGCUUACUGGACGACCUUUAACCUCUGCGCGUGUGCGGUGCCGGGGUGCAGCUGCCCUCGCUAUAGUGCAAGUUCUGAUGUGAGGUCAUGUGACUGCGGGCACAGCUGGGCGACACAUGCCAUACGGAAGUUCCGCCCCCUCCCUCCCUGCAGCAGCGGCCCCGUAGAGGCAGUCCUUCCCGGACCGGUUUUGGACCUGAGCUCCCUGGUCCUGUACGGCGCUCAGGCACUUCCUGUGCGACUGAAGAUCCUGUUGGACCGCCUCUACAGCGUGCUGUCGCCACAGCAGGUAGCUCACAUCCUGCGCUCGCUGGGCUGGACUUUGGCCGAUUACGUCCGCGGGUACAAGCUGCAGAACUUUCUGUGCCAGCAGCGAGGUGACGGGAAGGCGCUGGAGCGAUGGUGUAUGAUGAGCCCCGAAGAAGAGACGCUACUCCUCAAAGAGUUCCUCCGCUUUGGCGAAACGCGACCCGUCGUUGAGUUCAUGGUGGCUGUUCAACACCCCUUCCCCAAGAGACGACCUGAGGGGCAGGUGGAGGACGGCUUCUCCCUCCACAGGCCCAGCCUUCCUACUGUGGUUCAGGUGGGUGGAGCCAGAUGGGAUCAAGACAUGCCAGAUCCUGAGCGUGACCUCCUGAGGGGCGGGAACAAGCAGGAGAAUGCCUCUUCAAUCAUUCUGCCCACUAACUCUUCUACUUCACUGAAUCCUUGCAAAACCUCCUUUUCGUCUUUGCGUCCUCUGCCGUCCUUCUCCUCGGCCUUCCGUGAUCUUGCUGCAUCCCCUUCCUCCUGCCGUCUCGUUCCCAAGGGGCGGGUCUUGUGUGGCGUCUGCGGAAAAAGUUUCUACGACAGAGGAACGUUGAAGAUCCACUACAACGCCGUCCACCUGAAGCUCAAACAUGGCUGCACCGUGGCGGGCUGCACAAUGGUCUUCAGCUCGCUCCGCAGUCGAAACCGACACAGCGCCAACCCCAACCCGCGUCUCCACCGCGCCGCCGCCAAAGAUGUCCAAGACAACUCCGCCCUCAGGUCCCACCGUGUGUCCUUGUCUGGGGCCCCUCAUCCCAGCACCGUGACAACCGGCCACUCAACUUCCCCACGGGACAACACAGUCGAAGAAGAGCGCGCUAGCCUGUCGACCAAUCAGCGGCGGCCCUGGGAAUCAGCUGACAACCUGCCCAAGAAGAAGCCGAGAAAGUCCAGCAUGCCGCUAAAAGUUGAGUGUUGGACAUUUCAAUAAACAAUGACUUGUUGUGUAAAGAUAACGUCAGUGGCGCCAUCUAUUGGACAAUUGUAUAUUUUACAACCUAUUUAAUUGUACAGUAUGUACUUCUUGCUUUAAUGUCUUUCUGUCAACUAGUGGGCGGGUUGAUGGAUGUUUAAUAAUUAUUUUCUACGUUCAUUUUCACAAAUAUGUGUGUGUUGUUUUGUUACACUGUUGAUAUUGUGGUUGUUGUUUACAACCUCGGAAAAUAAGUUAUUGGACACAGAAAGACUUUGAAGGAUUACUAUUAGAUUGGCUGGUUUUGCUUUCCUUUACUUAUUUUACAUUAUUGCCGUCAUUUUGAUCAAAAAAAGGGAA